ACAGAGCAAAAGUUUUAUCUUAUGAAGCUAAAAAACAACGUGAUAUUCGUCGAGCAUUGUCUUAAUUAUUUUAUUUACUAAUAGUAAAAAAAAAAAAUAAUAAUACAAAGCAAUAUUAAUGUGUGGGUUUUUGUUUUUUACAGAAAAUGAAGGAACAAAAAGAACUGCUAGAUCAUUUAAAAACAGUUGAAUUAAAAGCUGCUGAAAUAUUAACUGAUAGACAGGAAGUUGUUGCCCUGGAUAAAAGAAGAAAUGAUGAUCGUGUUGGAAUGCGAGCAUUGCAAAAACAAAAUAUAAAUAAAUGUUGGAUGACUGUUGGACCAUUACUUAUUAAAAUGCCAGUUAAUGAUGCUGAAAAAUUAUUAAUUCAAGAUCAAAAAGAAUGUGAUAUGGAAAUAAAUAAAUUAAGAAGUGAUUUGAAAAUUAAAGUUAACGAACUACGUGAUUUAGAACAAACACCACCUGUACCUGGUCUUAUGUUGACACCAAUGUCAUCAACUGAAAUGUCAGCAAUGAAUAAAGUACUUGGAUUUUAAAAAACGUAUUGUUAUCUCUCUGAUUUUUGUAAAGAAUUUAUUAUAUUAAAUCCAAAAACAACUCUUAAUUUAUUAUAAUAUGUGUAUUUAUUAUUUUUUUUUUUUACAAACAUCCUUCGUAUUUUCCAGUUACAUUCAUCACAACACACAUAUUUUUUUUCAUCGCAUUAGUAUAAUAAACUUGACGUACUCAAAUUAUAUAUACAUAUUUGUAUAUAAUAUAUAUUUUAUUAUUUAAUAAUAUCUAUAGAUUAUUAUUUAUUUAAUUGAUAUUGAUUCCUUUUUUUUUUUUUUGUCUAAAAAAACAAAACAGCUGAUAUAAUAUUAUUAGUAUUAUACAAAGCGAUCCAUUGUCCAUCGUAUAAAUUUUAAAUUAUUUAUUUAAUUUCUAUUAAAGAAAUGAAUUAUAUCCACUAUAUCAAUAACUAUUAUUUACGAAUAGAUUUUUUUAAAUAUAUUUGAAUCCGUAGAUUAAACAUAUUUUUAUUGUUGCUUAAUUUUAUAUGCACGAUAGUAAUUAUUUACAUGAAAUUUUUUACAAAAUUGUUUUUUAAAUUUUUAAAUUUAAUAAGUGCAUUAAAGGGAAGUUACUUGGACAAUGUGGAAGCUGUUUAAUAAAUAUGUAACAUUUUAAAUUAAAUCAACGACAAGUUGAUUUAUAAUUAAUUACUGGUAAAUUUUUAAAAUUUAAUUGUCACAAUAUUUGUUGGUAAAUUUGAGUUAACAAAUUAAUUUUAUUAAUUUUUUUUUCUCCAUAGAAAUGAUAAGUGUAAUUUCAUUAAUUUCUAUUAUUGUUAUUUAUACUGAAAAAAAAAUAUUUUCGAUGUAGAAAAUAACAAACUAUAAGGGGACAACAUUAAAUACUUAAUACUUAUUAAAUUUUUUUUUUACAAAUAAUAAAAUUGCAAGUAUUAUUUAUUUAUUUUUUUUUUUGUUUGUCAUCACUAUAUAGUUUGUAAGAAAAUAAUCAUUUUGAAAAUUGUAAUUUUUAUGUACAUGUAAUAUACAAGACAACGUAUUAAUUAAUUAUUUAUUUAUUUUAAGCCCCCCUUUUACCUGAAUCACCCAGUUUUUUUUUUUUUUUUUACAUUUAGUUUUAUUUUAAAAUUAUUUUAGGGCAAAAUAAGGUAAUAAACUUAUGAAAUUUAUUGUUUUUUUUUUUUUCUUUCUUUUCAUUUUUUUUUAUUUUUGAACUUACAUUUUUUUAAAAAUAAAAACGAAAAUUAAAAUACCUUCUUACAUGUGAUAAUAUUUUUUUUCAUUAAACUACAUAUUUUUUUCAUUUUUUUUUUUUAGUAUUUUUUUUUUCUACAGAAGCUCUUAAUCGCUGGUCCUCCACACAGAAAUCAAGAUAAAAUUAUUUUCAUUAUAUAUUGAAAUUUUCUUGUAGUUUUUUUUUAAUUACAAAAUUAUAAUGAAAUAAAAAAAAAAAAAAAAUCUAUUAUUUUUGUUUUAAAUAAAAGUCCGAAUAGUCUUGAUAUCGAUCUCUCACACGAGGAACUUGGUUUUUAUUAAAAAUUAUUAUUAAUUAACGUAAAUAUUAUUUUGAAUUUUAUAAAAUAUUAAAAUCAAUAAAACCACUCUUAGUGUUUAUUAAUUUACAUUUAUAUAUGAUAAUAUUUUUGAGUAAAAAAAAAUAUAAUAUAAUUGUAACGAAAAUGAUAUCUCGUUGACUAUUCACGCAAUAAUUAAAUUAUUCAUAUUGCAUAUAAUAAUAU